AUGGAGACGCAUCUAAAAGUUGCAGGAGACCCUGCAGGUCUGGAGUUGCCCAUCCCUGGACUAGACCAUUCUAAGACAUGGAACCGUGGCUGCAUGGUCAGGGUGGUUGAACCUCCAGCCAGUCCUCUUUGGGCCGUCUCCGCUGAGGUUCGGUUCCACUUCGUUUAUGACCCGAUGAGCUGGAGCGCCGCUCAGAGCUACUGCAGGAAAACCUACACAGACCUGGUGACUGUGGACAGCGCCCAGAUCGUCACGACCCUCAGGAACACGGUCGACUCGAACAAAAUGGCCGCCAUAACUGACGCCUGGAUUGGUUUGUAUGAUGAUGUGGGCAGCUGGAGGUGGUCCCUGUCAGACGAAGCUUUCUACCAAAACUCUGAGGCUCUCUACAGAAACUGGCCGUCCAAACAACCGGACAACGCCUGGGACGGAGAGGCCUGCCUGGAGAUGCUUGAAAACGGAGACUGGAACGAUAUUGGCUGUGAUGUUCAGCGUAAACCGAUCUGCUCUACUGUCAGCGGGCUAACGGCGACCUUCACAGUCAUCAACACCUUGAUGAACUGGACUCAGGCUCAGAGUUACUGCAGAACCCACCACACUGACUUGGCCAGUGUGAGACAUUCAGCUGACAAUGACAACCUAAAGGCAGCCAAACCUGCAAAGGAAGCCGUCUGGCUCGGGCUCUUCAGAGACCAGUGGAAGUGGUCCAGCGGAUCCCUUCUCACAUAUCCGUACUGGAACGCUGGAGAACCCAACGGUCCACUGGAGAACUGUGCAGCAAUGGACUUCACCAACUCCGGACACUGGGUGGACUGGGAAUGUCACCUGACUAAACCUUUCAUCUGCUACUACGAAAUCCCGUCCACAAACCAUGUGAUGAAGGUGAAGCUGGUGGGAAGUUCCUCUGUGGACCUGAAGGACGGCGCUGUGCAGGCAGGCCUGCUGAGACAGCUCCAGCAGAAGCUGAAGGACCGAGGGGUGACUGCAGGGAUCAGACUGAGGUGGAUGAAGCAGCCGGACGGAAAUGUCUUCUACCAGGAGAAACAGGACGACCAAACUGAAACAGAGUUCAUACGUCAGGAAGGGGGGAUGCACAGGGGUCAGCGAUCCAGCCGGGGGACAGUAGGGAGGACUUGGAGGCUCAGGGGACAAACAGAGGACAGGGACAAAAUCCUCCAACCAGAGGCCGAGUCGUGA